AUGUCCCUAGCCCCCCUCGGAUAUUCCUACCCCCCGUCUUCUCAAACAUCACAGGUCCUGAUGUCGACCGCCACGCCCUCCGCCCUGCCACCCGUAUCUACAUCAUGCUGUGAGAAUGGACGGCCUAUAAUGACGGACCCACACACUGGACAGACGGUGUGUUCCUGUCAGUACGGGUCGGGCCUCCUGUCCGCCUAUCCCCGGGUCCCGGGGCUCACAGACUCCGUGUACAGUACCGCCCCCUACACCGCCCAGGGGUACGUGUCCGCCCUGGGGACAGAUCCGUCAGCCUUCUACUCCCCAUUGAAUGCCCAUUAUGAUCUGAAGGACAACGCUGAUGCCGCCUGGCGGAGCAUCACACAACCAGGGGCAUGUUACCCGUACGACCCAGCUAUGGCCUCGUAUCCUUACGGCAACACAUACGGCGGUAUGGACCUAAACGGUGCCGCGAGGAGGAAAAAUGCAACACGGGAAACGACAAACACCCUCAAAGCUUGGUUGUAUGAACAUAGGAAGAACCCUUACCCUACCAAGGGCGAGAAAAUCAUGCUGGCCAUCAUCACCAAGAUGACCUUAACACAGGUCAGCACGUGGUUUGCUAACGCCAGAAGGAGGCUGAAAAAGGAAAAUAAAAUGACAUGGUCGCCACGUAACAGAUGCGGUGAUGGCGACGAUGAUGACGACAACGAAAAAUUAGAUGAUGACGAUGAGGAUUGUGAAAAGGAAAAGGAUAAAUUAGACGACAACAUCAGCGUAAAGGAUUUAGUUGCAGACGGUAUGGAUGAUGACCUAAAGAAAGAGAAACUUGACCAAGUUGUAAGAGAACCGUUCCCUCUGAAGACAGAUUUGCUAGGAAUGGUACCGAUGGGCGUAGUCACAGAUGACACGGGUCUGAUGCCGUCAAGCCUCCAGAAAACCGUCACAGAACUCAAGCCUCCCUUGCCGGACUCUAAGAGACUGGAAUCUCCUUGUUCGAAUAGUAGCGACUCGGGUCUCAGUGACGUCAACAGCUCUUUAUCUCUCAACAACUCCAGUAUAGAGCACAGCGACCCUCUCAGACCCCGGAUAUGGUCUAUUGCACAUGUCGCAACAUCAUCAACGACUACUACCUCAUCCACGACUUCCCCUGAUCAGAGCCUGCCUCUGAACUUCUCGCGGGUGAGCGCUCCGUACAUCCCCACCACUUCAACGGUCCGACCCUGGAUGGACAGUGCUUUCCCUCUUAGCAGCUCCAUGUUCUCUCCCAACACGAACGGUUACACAAAUGUGAGUCCUCAAAGUGACAAAUCUCUUGUCACACCUAACUUUAAUGGGCUUACUACUCCCGUUAAUAAUUCAUCGCUUCUGAGGCCAUAUCCGCCCCUUUCUUCAAUAUAUUCCCCUACAAGGGACGUGAGACCAACAGACAGAAUUUCAAACCCCCUUGGCUAG